UUCCCUUGUCUCUAUUCAGGUUCUGCAGAAAAGUCUGGGAGCUGAAAACGCUGGACCAAAAUAAUAACAAACAACAAUGGCGGACGGAGGAAAAGAGCAGAGUCCAGCUGAUAACAGCUGGGAGAGCUGGCUAGGGGGGUGGAUGCAAACAGCAAAAGAGAAAUCUACUUCGGCACUGGAGUUUGUGAAGAAUGACUUGGCAGAAUUCACUUGUACGAUGCAGAAAGAGACGGAGAAAGUUGUGGAAAAGACGAGCUCCCAGCUUAAAGAUUCCCUCAAUAGGGAAAAUACAGCCCAGGCUACAAGCAAGGUGAAGGCCGGCCUGACCUCUUUCCUGGACAACAUCUCCAAGGUUCUGGUGAUCCCCCCUGAUGAGGAUGAUGAGUACGUCCCCAUGAAAGUGGCGGCAGACGGCAGUGGCUUGUACGACAGGGGAAAGGCUCGGUUACAUGCCCUUCAGCUGGAUGCCGGCACGUACAUUGACCCCCCACGCUGCCCGCCCGAACAGUUUGCCAUGUGGCAGGAGAGCUUCGACCUUGACGUUCACAAGGGCCAGAUCUCAGAGCUUCUGGUGUCCAAGGUGGAGGUUCGAGCCCUGUAUACCAAACUGGUCCCCGGGGAAGUGUCCCACCUGGAGUUCUGGCAGAGAUAUUUCUUCCGCGUGCACCAGCUGGAGGUGGACGAGGCCAGAAAGAGGGCGCUCAUGCUGCGGGCCGACCAGGCCAGGGGGGACUCGCUUGGAUGGGACGAUGACGACUGGAGCGGUGGGGAAGAGGAUGAUGGUAAUCAUAGUGACUGGGAGAAACUUGCCCGACCCCCUCAGUCGCAGGCUGCCUCGCCCGCGGACGCUGCCAUAGCUGCAGCAACCCUCAAGGCCACACCUACCGUCGUCGCCAGUGUGGGUCCCGUGCCAGAGGAAGUUGUACAGCCCGUGGAGACCAGGGACACUUCCCAGGUUUCUCUCGAGAGUCCUGGGGAUUUGGCAGGGUCAGACUGCGUUGAGGGUCGUGAGGAGCCGGCCAGUGACAGGCUCGCGGGAGAUAACGGAACUGCUCGUCCUUCGACAGCUGAGUCGGUGAGGUCAGAACAGCAGGGAGUUCAGGAGAAAGAGUUGCCGGCCCCUGAAAGUUGUCCGUCUGCUGAAGAUAAGGAGGACUCCUGUUCUACUUCCAAGAAUGAUUCGGACGCUCUCGGUGUCUCCGAAUCGGUGGCCACCUCUCAGAUGGCGACUUCUGACCUCUGGAGUCUGCAUAUCCCUCAGGACAGAGACACGGCCAGUGCUGCCCCCUCACCCCAGCGACCUUCACCUCUCAAGGACACAGACUCGGGCUCUUCCUCCUCAACGACGUCCUCAGCAAGCACUCAGCGAGGCGAGCGGUCGCCAGAUGUGUCCGUCGUACAACAGGAAGUGGUCUCUGUGUGUGCCGCAGCCGCAGGUGGGGACGUCUCGUCGGCAGAGGUGAGAGUUACUGCCCCUGUCUCGGCGGACGGGGCGGCCUGUGGUGCUGCCGACGUGUUGACCUCAUCUGUGGGACCCCAGGGGGAGAGAAGUAGUGCCGAGCCAGAGGUCGGGUCAGAGGUCACGCCCUCAGCCUCGGUGGUGGCAGCAGCUGUCCGACAUGUGGGGCAGACGGAAGAGGAGAAGUCUCCACCUGCCACCUCGGCCCCUUCAGUACAGCAGCCGGGGCCAAGUUCUGCGGAGAAUUCUACCGCACCCCCCAAACCCGCUGACUCGCCAACUGUCCCACCACCCAAACCCACUGAAACGCCUACUGCCCCACCCCCCAAACCCACUGACACUCCUACUGCCCCACCCCCCAAACCCGCUGACACGCCUACUGCCCCACCCCCCAAACCCGCUGACACUCCUACCACAAAGGUUGCGGAAGAUGAGAAAAGGCAUCAGUUGACGGAUGUUGACACAGGCGUGCCACAGAGCGGAGAGGAGAGCGGACAGAAGAUGGAGAGCCAAGUGGAGCCGGCGGCGGCUGGGGUGUCUGGAAAGGAAGGUGGCUCGGGGGCUGUGUCGUCGAUUGCCGCGCCCUUGUCCGACCAGGAUGUGGCUGAGCAGAUGGCUAUGAAGGUCAAGGGUGACAUGGUGGUCGUGGGCGAUCGCGGGAGCCCGUCGUCCGAGUCUAGCGGCACGAAAGCUUGUGGUCACAAUCUAGGCCUGGAGGACGAGUGGGACCAGGACUUUGACCUUGAGCUCACGGAGGAGGACCUUAAGGCGGCCGAGGACAUCGCCAAACGUCUGGGCGAUAACAUCAAUGAUGACGAUGAUGACUGGGAGAACUGGGAGUGAACAAAGGUCAGGGGUCAAGGUCAGGCUUUGCAAGCGAGGCCUGGUUGUCUUCUUCUUGUCUUUGGUGCCUGCUGAUUGGUUCUCUUGUGAUAUCUGACUCUGUUGUUGCCAUGACGACGGCCAUGUGAAGGGGAGGUGUGGGUGCCACUUCCUCCCCGUCCCCCGUACAUGGCCGUCUCUCCGCACGUGUGACGGAAACAGGCGUCGUGUCUGGACCGGGAUGCACACGUGGCUGUCAAGGUCAUUGCUCUGACCUUGGCUGACCAAGUACGCUUGUGUCGGGGAUGAUUUGCUUGUACCUUCUCUGGGACAAUUUGCUCGUCCGUUUAUUGACAAAUUGUUUAUUGACAGAUUGUUCGUUUAUUGAGAGAUUGUGUUGACAGAUUGUUCAUUUAUUGACGGACUGUUUAUUGACAGAUUGUUCGUUUAUUGACAGAUUGCAAUAACGUUGAUAUCUGGCAUGUUGUGAGCCAUUGCAAUAACGACACGCCUUACACUUUGGCUGACUGGUGCAGUAAUUCUGUCAGUGAGGGUUUCCGCGUAUGUCUUCACAGAGUAUGUGACAGUCGUGUCUUCCCGUCGUACAAAAUCCUCGGCAAGCUGGCAAAAUGUACUAAGCCAGAAAGCAAAACUUCACUGGAGAAAGAUUUUUAAAAACUUUCAUUCUUAUAACAGUUGUACCUGCAUUAUGUAUCUUUUCUUGCUUUUUUCAACAUUUAGAAUAGAUUGGAAUUUGAACUAAGUGUUGUCUUGAGAAUACGCAACCGAUACAACAGAUUAAGAGACUGCAAUAAAUUUGUCAGGAAAGUUUU